GCAUCCCGUCAGAAGGGAGCGGGCCCGUGCUGCCGCCAUCGGGGAGUGUUGUGCUCCCCACCGCCCGCGCUGCCUCCUGCCAGUCCCUCUCUUCGUGCCGCGGCAGCCGCAGCCGGGCGUCUCGGGGGCCGGCCCGUUGUGACUGCCGCUCCCUCUUUUGCCUGCCCGCGGCCUCUCGCUGGUGCCGGCUACGGCGCGCGGCAGAAGCUGCCCGGUCGAGCCCGGCUUCUCCCCUGCAGGCAGGAGCGAUAGGUGAGGAGCAUGAGCCUCUACAACUUGGAUCGCUUCCGCUUUGAGAGGAGGAGGAAAGCGGAGCAGGAAACCGCGUCUGCCUCGGCAGCCCAGGUGCAGGCAGCUAACUGUGCUGCCGUGGGUGAUGCUGCUGGAGGGGAUGAGGAUGAAGCUACAGAUGGCAGCAGGCCAGAUACUCCAGGUUCGGAUGCGACAGAGAUAUCAGAGUACUCUACCGUCCCAGAAACUCCUGAAGCCAAGAGAGCAAGGAAACAGUCUUAUUUCAAACAUCGAAGAUGGGUGCAGUUCCUAGAUGCAUCUUCAGACAGUGAGGAUGAACCAGGAAACUUCAGUGCUCUGAAAGAAAACAGGACUCCAAGGAGAGAUGUGGUUGUAAUCUCUGACCCAUCUGAUGAUGAUGAUCAGCCUGAAGAUGCAGUACCCCAACUGACAUAUAUAAAUGGUGAGGAUCAGCUGCCAGCUGUGAAGAAGGGUACAGAGGAAGAUAGCAGAGAUGCCAAGCUGCAAACGCUGAAGGAAGUUUUUCCGCAAAGAAGUGACCAAGAAUUAGUACAAUUGAUAGAAUCAGCACACACAAUGGAUGAAGCAAUAGCUGCUGGUUUGAAGCUUAAUGACAAAGCUGCCUCUCGUAAAAGGAAACUAAAAGGUUCUCCCACAAGUUGCGAAAGUGAAAAGGAGCCAGUCACAAAGCAGCCAAAAGUUAAUUCUCUGGAUGAGUCAGAUCCCCAAAGACAAUGGGAGCAGCAAGAGAUGCUUGUGAAGAAGCUGCAAAAUACGUUCCCUGCACUGGAUAAGGAGGAACUGAGAGAUGUACUUCAGGAGCAUAACUGGGUGUUUCAUGAAGCGCUGGAGGCCCUGAGAGUAUUUGCAGAAGCUGAUGAGGGCACGAAAUUUUCUCCCAAAAGUGAAGCAUCUGACUGGACUGAAGCUGCCUCCAAGAGCAGAGGUGAGGAUAGUAAAGAGAAGCCAAAGCAGAAAUCUUCCAUGAAACAGCAGAACGGCUUUCAGAAAAAAGACAAAGGCAAAAGGAGCAUUUGGAGUACUAAAAGAGAAAUGGAAGACUCGGAGGACGAGUCAGCUUCAGAAGAUGGUGGUAGCUCCCUUGACAAGGACUACAGCAGUGGUGAUGAAGUGAUGGAGGAUGUCUACAAAGCAAAAAUCCUCAGUUUCCUGCAGGAUGCUUCCCCAAGCGAACUAUCUUUGAUUCCCCAGUGUUCUCAGAAAAAGACUCAGAAGAUAAUCGCGCUCCGGCCCUUUAACAGCUGGGAGUCUCUGUUUACAAAGAUGACUAAGACUACUGGUUUGUCAGAAGACAUAGUGUGGAACUGCAAGAUACUGCUGAAGGAGAGAGAUGUGGUUCUAAAGCUCAUGAAUAAAUGUGAAGACAUUUCAAAUAAACUGACAAAACAAGUAACCAAGAUUACUGAAGACGGAGGAUGUGGAUGGAACAUAGAGCAACCCGCCAUUCUGAAUCAGAGUUUGGAACUCAAGCCAUAUCAGAAGAUUGGUUUGAACUGGUUAUCACUACUCCAUAAACAUGGAUUGAAUGGCAUCUUGGCUGAUGAAAUGGGCUUAGGAAAAACAAUUCAAGCUAUUGCAUUUCUGGCUUAUCUCUACCAAGAGGGCAAUAAGGGUCCCCAUUUGAUAGUUGUGCCAGCUUCAACAUUAGAUAACUGGAUAAGAGAAGUUAAUCUCUGGUGUCCUGAACUGAGCGUCCUUUUUUACUAUGGGUCCCAAGAAGAUAGGAAACUUCUCAGGAUGGACAUUAAUAAUAAAGUUGUAGAUUUCCAUGUGAUUAUAACUACAUACAACUGUGCAAUUAGCACCUCAGAUGAUCGAGGGCUGUUUCGCAAGUUGAAGCUUAACUAUGCAAUCUUUGAUGAAGGUCAUAUGCUCAAGAACAUGAGCUCUAUACGCUACCAGCACCUUAUGACAAUUAAUGCAAAGAAUCGCUUACUGCUAACAGGGACUCCAGUUCAAAAUAAUCUAUUGGAAUUGAUGUCCCUCUUGAAUUUUGUCAUGCCUCAUAUGUUCAGCAGCAGCAGAAGUGAAAUCCGAAGGAUGUUCUCUUCAAAAACAAAGAGUGUUGAUGAGCAAAGCAUAUAUGAAAAGGGGAGGAUUGCACACGCGAAGCAGAUAAUAAAACCGUUCAUCUUGAGAAGAGUAAAAGAUGAGGUCCUUAAACAACUACCUCCCAAAAAAGAUUUCAUUGAAUUAUGUGCCAUGUCUGAGAAACAGGAACAACUAUACUGUGAUCUCUUAAGCAAGCUUAAGAAAAGUAUUAACACUAAUGAUAAAAACUCUGAUAUGGGAAAUGUAAUGAUGCAACUUAGAAAAAUGGCUAAUCACCCUCUCUUGCAUCGUCAAUAUUACACAACUGACAAGCUCAGGACAAUGUCCAUGCUUAUGCUCAAGGAACCCACACAUAGUGAUGCUAACCCUGACCUUAUCUUUGAAGAUAUGACAGUGAUGACAGAUUUUGAGCUGCAUUUGCUUUCUAAGCAAUAUUUUCACGUUGGUGACUUCAUGUUAGACAUGGAUCAGAUCUUGGAUUCUGGAAAGUUUAGAGCACUGGAACACAUUCUCUCUGACCUUAAAGAGAAGGGUGACAGAGUUGUACUGUUUAGCCAGUUUACCAUGAUGCUGGAUAUCUUGGAAGUUUUCCUGAAACACUGGCAACAUAGAUACCUUAGGUUGGAUGGGAAAACACAAAUUUCUGAUCGGAUACACCUAAUAGAUCAGUUCAAUACAGAUAUGGAUAUAUUUGUAUUCCUUCUGUCAACCAAAGCUGGUGGCUUGGGAAUUAAUCUGACCUCAGCAAAUGUUGUUAUUCUUCAUGACAUUGAUUGCAACCCAUACAAUGAUAAGCAAGCGGAAGACCGAUGCCACAGAGUAGGCCAGACAAGAGAAGUAAAAGUCAUAAAGCUAAUCAGUAAGGGCACUAUUGAAGAAUCCAUGCUCAAAAUUAGCCAACAGAAAUUGAAGUUAGAACAAGAUAUGACUGCAGCAGAUGCAGGAGAAGAAGGAACCAUUCCAACAGAUAUAGCCACGCUAUUAAAAGCUUCAUUAGGUCUCUAAAAAGCAAAUAUGUUGUGGAACACAAGGAAGAAGGGUUUUGUUGUACCCCAAGGACUCUUACGUUAUUGGUGACCAUGAGUUUUAAGAACAUUUUUAACUUUUUGUAGUUUCUUUAUUGUAUUCCUCAUGGUAUUGAAACUUUUAACACCGAUACUGUUCUUUUGAUGCUCAAAAACAUAAGUGACCCAAGUGUGCCAACAUCGGGUGCUAAAUAAACAUUUUGCAGAUCAGUUUUCAAAACGGGGACCUAAAUAGUAAUUGUUUAAAUAAAUCUGCUACUGUUUUAAGAUUUGUCAGUAUUUUUGUAAUUAUUUCUACCUCCAAAUAUAUAUAAAAAAGCCUGUCUGUUUCACUGGAUUACAAGUGUAGAUUUUUUUUUAUAUGUGCCUUAUUUGACAAUGCUUGAGUCUGUUUCUGCUUGUUUUGGUUCAUUUGAUGUACCAUGCUGGUUUUUAUCCACUUGUUCAAAUAAAACUCCAUAGAUUAACAA